AUGUUGAAGAAUAAGUCGAAGUGCGUAAUACCAGUUCUAGUUGUUACUCUAAUAUUCCUAGUCGUACUAUCCACUAUCAAGGACCUACCCAAUACAUUAAAAGCUAAAUCUGUUUCAACUGAGAAUGUUAUUGAGGAUAUACUAUAUUCGAGCUCGAAGCCUCCGCUAGGACGUAGUAUUUUCUUUCAUGAGACCAGCUGCACUUCUCCAGGUUCGGUAUCCAACAUUAUGAAUCUGACGGCUCGACAAGCCUGUUCAAUAGAAUCGGCUGCUCUGAAUAAUCCCAACUUCCAAAUCUUCACUGUGUUUUCCUGUCCCACCUAUCGCCCUCUCGUCGGUCGUCAAAAACUUCUCGUCGAUGCCAUCGAAAGCUAUGAGAACGUGAACUUUCGUCACCUAAAUUUAAGGGACUAUGCUAUGAACACUCCUAUUGAAGAUUGGGUAAAAAGGGGCGAAUUGCUUAACUCUAGCUAUCCGAUGCAACACACAUCUGACCUUCUCCGCCUUAUAAGUCUCUAUCGGUUUGGAGGCAUCUAUUUAGACAUGGAUAUUAUUGUCCUGAAGAGCUUAGAGAAAUUGCCCCUGAACUAUGUGGGAGCUGAAUCUAAUUAUACCUUGGCCAAUGGUGUCAUUAGUUUGACAGCCGAUGGAAUAGGUCAUGAAGUUGCUGAAUUAUUUUUACAGCAGUAUCAAAAAUAUUUCAAUGGGAAUGAUUAUGUACAAAAUGGACCAACUCUUGUGACAGCCGUUCUGUUGAAAUAUUGUGGCACCAGCCUCAUGAAAGCCAUAGAAGGCGGUCGUAAGAGUUGCAAAGGAUUUCGACUAUUUAAUACGACUGCAUUCUAUUCAAUUCCUUGGCAAGAGUGGAAGCAUUUCACUGAGCCCAGGUACCUGGAGGAAACUAUGGCAAGAACUAAGGAUUCAUUAAUGAUACACAUAUGGAACAUUGCGUCCAGGAGAGAGCGCAUCAAAGUUGCCUCCAAUAUUGCCUAUGUAAAGUAUGCGGAAAAGCACUGUCCCAGGACGUAUGCGGCAGCUGGUGAUUACGUUUAAUGUGUUUCAAAUUGUUCAUUGCCAAAACAAUAAGUAAAUACGUUUCCUAUAACGCUCAAGCAUGCCAACAAUAUAAAUGCUCUAUCACGAAAUUUAAUUUUAUAUCCACUUGCUUAUUUCUAUUAUUAUUUUCUACACAAGAAUAGGUGAACAAAUAUAAUAUCAUCCACAGUUUAAAGAGCCAGAGUGACUCUCCAGAUGGUUCUUAGAAGAUUCGUAAUACAUAAUGACCCAUUAUAUCAUAUGAACUUUUCAGUAUCUUCAUCAGGUGCAAUCCUAAUGCAUUUGUGUGAAGUAUUCAUACAUAAGUCGAUUAAGACUAAUCGCAAUAUGUUUAUUUACCUAUCAUCAAAAACCUUAAUAAAACGAAAAUAUUUAGGUGAA